UAUUCAUCCAAUCUUGAUGAAACUUGGAUUCUGGUGCCUAAGGAUUGGUUUGGAAAUCUGGUGACAACCAAUUGGUGGGACGACUUGUGGCUAAACGAAGGCUUCGCUACUUAUAUGUCAUACAAAGCUGUAGGAAAAGUGGAAAAGGAGUGGAAAUAUGACGAGAUAUUCGCUUUGGAUGAGUUGAGCCGUGUGUUUGAGGCCGACUCCACACCAAACACACAUCCAAUCGUGGGUUCCGUACAGAAUGCCGACGAUAUCUCAUCGGUCUUCGAUGCCAUCACUUAUGGGAAGGGAGCAGCUAUUCUUCGGAUGUUGGAAACGGCUUUAGGCGACGAUUUCCGGAUUGGGAUUAAGAAUUAUCUCAUUAAACAUUCGUAUGAAAACACAUUGACGGAAGACCUCUGGACACAACUCACUCAAGACAGUCAACAAAGACUAAAUGUGUCGGAAAUAAUGGAAACUUGGGUCACAAGAAAGGGGUUCCCAGUGGUGACAGUUACCCGAAGUGACACAAAUCCCAAUCAGAUUACGCUUAAACAAGAAUUGUUUCUCAAAGAUUAUACCAAAUCAAACACAAGCUAUGUGUGGAAAAUCCCGAUUACAUACUCAGCCCCGGGAGCGGCCAAUAGCUUCGUAUACACCGAAUGGUUGGACGAAAGCGAGAAGACAAUUGACUUGAAGACAACCUCUGAUUUAAUCAACAUAAAUGUGGGCCAAACGGGUCUCUAUAUUGUCAACUAUGCCGUCAACGACUGGAAAGAGUGGACCAAAGAGUUGCUGAACGAGAAGAAUAGGCAACGAUUAUCACCAUUGGAUCGCUCGGAACUGAUCAACGAUGCCUUCUAUUUGGCUAGAAGUGGACGACUUGACUACGAUAUAGCACUCGAUUUGUCGAAAUAUCUGAAGGCCGAGGACUCAUUGAUCCCGUGGACCACCGCUCAGUCAAUGUUUGGAUUCCUGAAGAAUCUGAUCAAUUCGGACGCAGAGAUCGCUCUGAAUCACUACAUAAGUGGUCUAAUCGGCGAUCAAUACACGAAACUGGGUUGGAAUGAAGUGACCACAGAGUCCGGUCAAACCAAACGCUUGCGGACAGUGGUGUUGGAUAUGGCGUGCGGUUAUCAGAUGCCAGAGUGCGUACAGACAGCGGUUCAGAAGUUUAAUGAGUGGAAAACCAGUCCAACCAUUGCUCCCAAUCUGUUGUCUCUGGUGUUGAAGUACGGCAUCCGAUACGGCGGCGACACUGAAUUCAAGCACCUGAUGGACGAAUACCAAAAGCCCGGUCUAUCGGCGCAGAAAAAGCUGCUUUAUUUACAGGGAUUGACGUCCACUGGAAAUACGGAUCAAAUCACAGCACUUUUAGCCAAAGCGGAAGACGAGAGCUUUUUAAGGAAACACGACUUUUUCCAAUUCUUGACUAAUCUGGCCGUCAAUAGUCUGGUCGGAAGGGAUAUGGUUUGGGACUACUAUAGGAAUAAUUAUAACAAAAUUGUUGAUAGAUUUACAAUCAAUAACUCUGGACUCGGAAGGAUUGUAUACACUUUAAGCACUUUAUUUACUAGUGAUGUUCAAAAGGCACAGGUAUUAGACUUUUUCAAGCAAUACCCGAACGCCGGCGCCGGCAAACUGGACAGAGAGAAAGCCGUCGAAGUGUUGGACACAAACAUUAAUUGGAUUAAGAAUAACAAGAAUAAAGUGAUCGAAUGGAUCACAACUCAAUGCCCAGCGAUUACCUGCCCGUGGAUUACGUACCGUCUCGACCGACAAGUGAUACCUCUUCAGUAUUAUCUGACAUUACAAGUGAAUACAGUUUCAAAUGAGUUCAGCGGAAACGUCGAGAUCGAAGUGAAGACCGAGAAAGACGUCGAAUACUUUAUCGUUCAUUCGGCAGACAUUCUGACCAUUAAGAAGACCCGAGUGUUGCUGAAGGGCUCGGAGACAGAUCUGGCCAUUAAACAGACCUUUCACUACUCGCCCCUUCAGUUCUUUGUCAUCCGAAUGGAUACUAAGACAACGGCCAACACGUAUCGACUGAUCUUCGAGUACGAGUCAAACCUACUUCUCGGCGGUCUCUCCGGUCUCUAUAAGAGCAGCUAUGAAUUGGACGGCAAGACCAUAGGUUUGGCCGCCUCUCAGUUCCAAUCGAUAUCUGCCCGAAAAGCGUUCCCCUCUUUCGAUGAGCCGUCGUUUAGAUCUGAGUUUGAUUUGACAGUAAUCCACGACUCGGGCAACACUCUGACCAUUACUAAUAUGCCAAUCACUGGCCAACAAGUGGACGCACCCACCAAAGGCUGGACUACCACCAAAUAUCAGCGCUCAAAACCGAUGGUCACUUAUUUGGUGGCCAUUAUGGUCAGCGAUUUUGUGUGCCGUACGGACAACAGUCACGACUUGGGUUACGUGAUACGGGUGUGCGCCUCACCCGCCAAACAACACAAACUACAGUACGCUCUGGACGUGACGCCCAAAGUGUUUGACGAGUUUGAAAAGUACCUGGACUUCAAAUACCAACUGCCAAAGUCUGAUUUGGUGGCCAUUCCCGACUUCAGCGCCGGUGCGAUGGAGAACUGGGGUCUCGUCAAGUUCAGAGAGACCGCUCUCCUCUGGACCGCCGACGAGGACAACAGCGCGUCCAAAAUGAGCGUCGCGUCAAUCAUAGCCCACGAGUUGGCGCAUAUGUGGUUUGGAAAUAUGCUGACGUGUGAAUUCUGGGGCGACCUAUGGUUGAACGAGGGCUUUGCCUCGUAUAUGGAAUAUCCGGCCACUGCUAUGGUUGAGAAAACAUGGGAUUACGUGAGUAUUUGGGAUUUGUUUGUAUAUUACGAUCUGUCGAGCGCUGUGUCCGCCGAUUCAUCGCCGACUUCGCAGCCCAUUGUCCGCAUCCUUAAUAAGCCGUCGGAUAUGUCUUAUUCGAGUGCCAUUGUCUACAACAAGGGAUCGACAGUAAUCCGAAUGAUGGAGAGAGCGAUGGGUCCCCAGAAGUUUCAAACAGGAAUACAAAAAUACCUUAAAGCAAAUCAAUACACAACUGUUAUAACUCAAAAACUGUGGGAUUCAUUGCAAGAAGAGUUUCCUACCGAUUUAGGGACAACUAUAAAGGAUUUGAUGCACAACUGGGUAACAGAGGCUGGCUUUCCAUACAUUAACAUAACGAGAGACGAAACCGAUGCAAACAAAAUCACUAUAAUUCAGGAGAGGUUUCUCGCAAACGGACAAAAACCCGAUAAAGACACUGUUUGGUCAAUCCCUCUAUCAUACUAUCACGACGAGGGUUACGAUCAAAAUACGCUAACAAUAGUGAAAACAAAGAUCCAGACAAUCGAUUUGGUCAACAUUGACCCCAAACUGAACGGUUUGAUUAAGUUUAACACCGAUUACAGUGGUAUGUAUUUUGUGAACUAUCCGCUCGACGAUUGGGACAAAUGGAGUAAAGCGUUGGUCAACAACGAGAACGACAUUGUGAACAAACUAUCGGUGAGCGAUAGGGCCGAGUUCAUCAUGGACGCUUUCUACCUGGCCAAAGCCAAUAAAUUGCCCCUGGUCAAAGCGCUAGACAUAUCGAAAUACCUGGUGCACGAGCCGCACUUCACACCAUGGUCAAUGUACCGCAGUAUGUUUGACCAGGACACCAGAGACAGGCUGGCAAUGAGCCAAUACAGGGACAGUUUGAACCGGUUUUUGAGUUUUCUGACCGAAAAGCAGUACAAGAGGUUGGGCUGGAACGACGGUUCGGGAGACGACUCGACCAAACGCUUGAGAGCUGUGAUCGUGGAAAUGAGUUGCGAUAGCGGUUACCGUCAGUGUCUCGAAGACGCCUAUAAGGAGUUCACGCAAUGGAAGUCAGGCGCCGCCAAAUUGUCGCCCAAUUUGGGCGCUUUUGUCCUCUCAUUCGGCUUAAGACAGAGCACUGAUCCCAACGACUUUGAAGAGGUGUGGAAAAAGUACAAAGAGGCCAAUAAAAAUGAUAAUUUCAAACUUCGCUAUUUGACCGCAUUGUCAAAGUCUAAGAACUCGGAACAGUUGAAAGACAUUUUGGUGAAAGCAUUGGAUGAUAGAGUGGUUUCUGUGUCUCAUUUCCAGACAUUGGUAUCAGAAAUGGCCAAAACUCCGGAGGGUUUGCCAAUUGCUUGGGAUUUCUUCCAAAACAACUAUCAAAUGCUUACACGAAAACUGAGUGCAAAUGAUUUGAAUAAUGUCUUCAAUAAUAUCAUCAAAUACUUUGGAGAUGUAGUCAAACGAAGUGAAGUCGACACAUUUCUCAGACGCUAUCCAAACGUCGGCCUUUCAAACACGAACCGCGAGAACGGCUUAAAUCGGAUCCAACAGAAUAUGGACUGGAUUUUUGAGAGGGGCGACGAAUACGGCAAAUGGUUGACCGCUAAUGGGUGUGGUAUAAACAAAGAGUGCCCGUGGAGUAUAUACCGACUCGACUUCACAGUAAAGCCAAUCAAAUACAAGCCCACUAUUAGAGUGAAUGUCACCACAAAUGUGUACAACGGAAACGUCGACAUUGAGGUGCAGACCACAAACCCCACCGAAUACUUCAUAGUCCACGCGUCGUCUAUACUCAAUGUCAUCAAAAGUCAAGUGUUUGUCAAAUCUGAUAACAAAGAGAUGCCUGUAGUCAACGCUUUUCAUCACAAACCGCACGACUUUUGGGUCAUUCAAUUGGCGCAAGAAGUGGCCGCCGGAACCUAUCGACUGGUCUACGAGUUUGAGGGCAAUCUACUGUUGGGCGGACUGUCGGGUCUCUACCGAAGCAAUUACGUGAACAGUGACGGCAAAACAGUGGGCUUAGCCUCCACUCAGUUUGAAUUCACUGACGCCCGCAAAGCGUUUCCCUGUUUUGACGAACCGUCGUUUAAGUCAAUAUUUGAGGUGACAUUAAUACAUGACGAGCACAUGUCCACAACCCUAUCCAAUAUGCCAGUGGCGAAGUCGACCACCGAUCCGGAAACCCGAUGGGUAACGACCCAAUACAAGGAGACACCGGUUCCGAUGGUC